AUGACUUCCGAUGAUGCUCUCAAGUUUGGCCCGCGAUUGCUUGGUGGUAUGAAACAUAGUAGGCAAAAGCUGCUUUCCAUACGAUGGCUAUGGGCGUUCAAAGACCUUGUCAACAAAGGGGAGCCCACAGAAGAUUUGGAUAUUCCCCUCGCGCCUUGGAGGAAAAGUACCAUCACCUUCGCUCUUGCUCUUGCCGGUUUUAUGGUUGGUAUCGAUCAAUCCAUCAUUGAACCGGCUUUACCCACCAUUGUUGCUCAAUUUUCCUCUCUGUACGAUGUGGGUGCCUAUACUUCGGCAUAUCUUAUUCCACAAUGUGUUCUGCAGCCAGUUUGCAACAGGCUGUACUCAAUAUGCUCAUUCAGCUCGGUGUACCUCAGCUCAGUAUUACUUUUUAUCCUUGGAUCCAUUGUCUGUGCUGUAUCUGAGAGCUCACCAUCUUUCAUCUGUGGUCGAGCUCUCUCAGGAAUGGGGGCUGUAGGUUUGAGUGUUGGCGGCUUUCGAAUGCUGGCUUUGAUGCCAGCGGAAAAGGAACAAAAUGUAUCAAUGGGUGCCUUUUCUCUCAUUCUGGGAUCCAGCGUGGUGAUAGGACCCAUUAUUGGUGGUGCCAUCACUCAAUCCCAUCUUGGGUGGCACUGGCUCUUUUGGAUCAACCUCCCCAUAAUAGGUCUUGUACUACUCUUGGUGAUUGGAGUAACGUAUACAGGCGGGCCUGACCUCAGAGGAGAAAAAUAUGGCUUGAAAAUCUGGGAGAAGCUGGCAUUACUUGACUGGCUUGGAACAAGUUUACUAGCUUUGACUCUCGUGCCUCUGAUAUUGGCUCUCGACUUCGGGCAAACCUAUGGGUGGAAAAGCGCUCGAAGUACGGUCAUGUUUGCUGUUUUUGGUGUAUCCUCUGUGUUGUUAUUGCUGCAGCAGAGAGUGGCAAAGGAGGCCAUAUUCGAACGCGCUAUUCUCUUGAACAGAAGUGUGUGGACUACUACAGGCAUAUUUUUCUGCGCCUUAUCAUCAGUGUCGGUGAUUAUAUUAUUUCUUCCCUUUCUCUUUCAGGUUGUCAAAGAUCUUGAUCCCCGUACCAGUGGGUUUCUUUCGUUCCCUCUUGCAGGGACACUCGCCAUAAGCACGUUCGCUUUCUCCAUCUUAUCUACCAAAGUCCCAUACUUUAAUCCCCUGGCAAUCGGUGGAAACGUUAUCUUUUUGGUAUCAAAUGUGCUUUUUAUUACCCUCGAAUCCAAUUUUUCAGUUGCACAGGUUGUUGGCUAUGAGAUAGUGGCUGGCUUUGGGAUGGGGAUGGCUUGGCUAGCUGAAAUCAUAUAUCCAAGAGCCGUUUUCGACAAACACCAGUUAGCCACCUCGCUGGGAUAUUCGCGUAUGUUGCAACAGAUUGGAUCAGCUGUAGCUGUCCAAAUAUCAGCAGUUGCUUUCACAACCACCUUGACUAGAAACCUAGUCGGCCUCUCGCUAACACCCGAUGAAAUUUCAUCUCUCAAAGAAGGGAGCGGAAUAAACAGCCAUUUAUCUCCUAGCAUAAAAACUGCGGUCACCAAUGCCUACAGCAAGGCCAUAAAAAUAGGUUUGAUACCAUCUUUGAUAUGGGCCGGGUUAGCUCUGUUGUUCGCACUGGUAUUGCCUUGGCCCAUGCUGAACAGAAGUUUAACUGACGAUGAAGAGAAGAGUGAUUGUAGUGGUGGUCAUAGGGAUGUCGCUCUGUCAGUCCUGGUUCCCACUACAGAACCCAGCUCCAUAAGAAACGACUACUCUUCCGUCAGUGGGCCAGAAGGGAACUUACUCUCUAGUCGACUCAGUUUCGAGUCCUUGCACAUGGUAGACAUGUAUGAUGAUGAUGGCCGAUGGACGGGUAUUGCAUGA